AUUGUCAGAGCAGGGGGGGCGGUGCCGUGUAUAUGCUUAGCUCUCCGCUGCGCAGAUUCCACGGCUCAAAGCUGAAUUCUGGCCACAGGUUAGAGAACAUUAUUAGCGUACCGCCGUGUGUUGGAAUCAAGGCUACGCGGAUUGCGCAGUGCUCCCGAAAAUGGCGGCAGUGCCGGAGAUGCGCUCGGGUUUGGGAAAAUGAAGCGGAGGAGAAGCAGUUUCUAUUAGUAAAGACCUGGGCUUUCUGUUUGCGGACUUUUAGUCGAGAGCCGCGGUGUUUCCAAGGGUUUUUGGUUCGAGUUACGGUCCCCAAAAUGAUGAAGCUCAAGUCUAACCAGACCCGGACCUACGACGGGGAGGGCUACAAGAAGCGUGCGGCCUGCUUGUGCUUUAGAAGCGAGAGUGAAGAGGAGGUGUUGCUGGUGAGCAGUAGCCGACACCCGGAUAAAUGGAUCGUUCCCGGAGGGGGGAUGGAACCGGAUGAGGAACCUAACGUGGCCGCAGUCCGGGAGGUGUGCGAGGAGGCUGGUGUGAAAGGGACAUUAGGACGAUUAGUAGGUGUUUUUGAGAACCGUGACAGGAAACACAGAACGUACGUCUAUGUUCUUGUAGUAACUGAGGUUCUGAAAGACUGGGAGGACUCUGUAAAUAUUGGGAGAAAAAGGGAAUGGUUUAAAAUAGACGAUGCCAUAAAAGUGCUGCAGUGUCACAAGCCGGUGCAGGCCUCGUACUUUGAAGCUUUCCAGCAAGACUGUCUGACCAGUAACGGGACGCCGCUGGUAGCCACGCUAGCCGGGGAAAUAGCCCCCGCCUACAGCAUCAACCAGAGCUCUGUCUCUGGGAUCAGAUAACUAACAUGCACAACAACUCCGGCUCUUGUUCGUUCUUCUGUCUUUUUUUUUUUUUUUUUUAACUGUUUGCCUUGCCAGCCUGGCACACUCGAAGUUGGGUGAUGAUGACGACACUUUGUAAAUGUGAAUUUUUUUUUUUUUCUUUCUUGGUGUUGCAUGAAAGACCCCCAGCCCCUUACCCCCUGCCCCACCUUACCGCCUGAAUUGGAAGUAAUUUAAUGCAAGAGCUACGUUUCUACUGUUGUGGUGAUGUAUGAGUAUAUGCAUAGUUCUGAUCAAAGCUACGAAGGCUCGUUGUCUUUUUUGUUAUUUUUAUUGUUAUUCCUGUCCUGAUUAGAGAUCUGUUGCUGGGUGGAAGGCGUGGAUACUGCAUGCACUGUGCGGGCACAAUUCGCAUCGAAACGUCUGUCGGUUAGGAGCACUUAAGCUCACAGUCCCGUGAUUUGCCUGCACCUCCAAAGGACUGAGCUUACAGCUCUUGCUUCUACAUUUUUUAAAGGGGAUUAACCCCUAAUGGCUACUUCACCAGUUAACCCAGCUGUGUGACAGGAUGGCAUGUGGGCAAAUGGGCAAUACCCUGUCCAUGGUUCUGUAUGAGUUUGCACCUAGGCUACACAACCAGGCCAUCUGCCCCGAGUGUACAUACUUGUGUAAUGCGUGGGACUGCUAAAAUAUAGAAAUCAGAAGGGAGGUAGGAGGGUUUGGCAGUGGCCUAUAACCAGAGAUGAAGGUUUUCAGAGAUCUGUAUUCAGACUCUUUUUUUUUUUUUUUUCCUGUGUAAAUCUGGUCUUAAAACAUGUGUUUCGCUUCAGACUACGUUGCUCCAACACCCGAGGUAUACAUUUUGCAUUCUUUCUUUCUUCGCGCUUUCAGAUUUUGUAUUAUUAAUCUUUAGUCUCGUCCUCCUAUUGAACAUAUCGGAAACUCUUGACACUGGCCAAUGUCUGCUAGUUUCACAGACCAAGAUUAGCAUUGAUGUUGAACUACAUGAUGUUACCUUAGGUAAAAUGGUCCCAGAUUAGUGCUAAUUGGGGUCUGUGAAACUAGCUGUGAAUGUUGCACCUUUGUGUUCAUAAAACCGCUGAUGCUAAAGUUAUUUUUGAAACCCCUUGCUUGCCCAACGGAAACCUUUUGCUUUUAAGUAAGGAUUUGUAUUACCAGGAUAAAAGAACUAAGGGGGGAGUGAUAGAUUUUUUUCCCCCCUUUUUCUGUGAAGUGAAAGUAUCAGCAGUGACUUUGUCAGUGAAACAGUAUUGUCGAUUGAAUUUGUUUACCCCUCGUUUAUAAAGAUGUAGUAAUGCUAUGAUUUACAGGCUUUUUUUUGGUUUGCUUUCCCUUCUAAACAAAACACUGGACUUUGUAGAUGAGGCAGAUUUUGGAAGUCACUUUUUUGGUCUCAAUAAAAUUCUUCUCAUUUCCCCCCUUUAAUUCAGAUCUUUCGAGUCUUUCGUGUAAUUGAAUCCGCAUCCCUUCCAAGCGUCUAAGUAGUUGCUUGAUUAAAAUAAAUCGAUCCUGUUUCUAACUAAAUACGGAACAAACCACUUUUUUUUUUUUUUUUUAUUUGAUUUAUUAUAUAUUUUUUUAUUUAUUUUUUGGCAAACAAGUUAAAGCCAAAUUGCAUUAUCUGCCUUUGUUGUGGGAGGUGGAGCAGCAAUUGGCUUGAUACUGUGAAAAUAGAGCAGCCGUAAGUAACAAGGUGUAAGUGUUCAAUGUUAAUUUUCUCUAGUUCAGUACUGGGGGAGGAGGGGGGGUGUUUUCUCACAUGUUUUAGGUGGUACGUUUUCAUAGAACUUUCUUGUGAGCCGGGUGGUGCAUCUUUAGUACCCUGAUCUGUUUUGCACCCAUCUCUUUAUCAAUCCCCCUGUUCUAAGGUUGGGUCUUUCCUCGACUGUACAGCUGUACCAUUUCUGAACUGUACAGCGCUGCACUGUCACGGACAGACAAAUACCAUUGAAAGACCCGGCAUCUUCUCCCAGCCCAUCUCCUCUGCUCACACGCACUUUAAAGGGAAGAAGUGUGUUCAGAUUUAAAUCUUGGAAUACCCAGAAUUGGUGACAAAAAUGAUCGUUUUUUUGGAGAAAUGGCAACAGGGUUCGUUUUUAUGUCAGAAUGCUGAAAAUACUGUACUGUAUAAUAAACAUUUGCGUGAGAUGCAUUGGAUGCUGUUUCUGUGCAAAGUUUGUGCUAAUGAUAUAUCUAUCUAUAGAUAGAUAGAUAGAUAGAUAUAUAAUAGUCCCUUCUGAUCUGCUUUUGCUCAGCUUUUCUAUUCCCUGAUGUAUUCCAGCUACAGCAGCCUGUGCUUGGAGAUGUUGAUAUCCUGCAGCCUGUGCUUGGAGAUGUUGAGAUCCUGCAUACCCACAUUCUGUGAUUCUGUUAAUCGUAUAUCUGUAAUCGGGGGUGAUGGGGGGCUUUCCUGUGAGAUUUGAGUGAACAGAUGGAACUAGCACAAUGGAUGUAAGCAUCGCUCCAUAUUCAGUGAAAGAAGAGAAUGUGUAAUUGUGUAAGAUGCAGUCCAUUAGUGAACAAAGAGCUGGUCCUUGUAAAGAGGGAGCUCUUCAGAUUUAAAGCGACGCAGUGAGAGAGUGGUCUGAAUUGUCAGUUUGUCUUGAUAUCGAGCGGGUCAAUUCCCAUUUCGUGCAAGAUCUGACCUAGAAUUGUUUUCCCCAAACGUAUAAUUAGGAAUCAAAUGCAUAUUUAAAUACUUUGAAAUUGGCUUCCCCAAGAUACAAAUCUUAGACUUGCACAUUCUUUUUUUGUAUUGAAUUGGAAGUGGCUCUGCUUAAAAAAAAUGUCCUUGGGAAACAACAAAGCUGCUUAUUUUUGCUUAUUUUUUAAAAUUUGAAAGCUGUACAAAUAUUGGGCUUUUUCUAAUAUAAAGAAAUUCAGCACUGUAAGAUUGUGUAGUUAGGGAUGGGUUCGCUUGAGUGCCUCUCUUGGAUGUAGUUUGGUUGCCAGGAAUUGUGAGCUGCCAACACUGGCCUGCCUGCAGGAAUCUGUGCCUAUCUCCUCUCUUAGUAAUGGAGGCGGUGGAACGCUGUAAAUCUUUGCACUGUAACUCCCAAAUAGGUGCCAUCGAUAAGACAACAAACCCCAGUCACGUUUUUUGGAGAAAUGGUAGCUGACUUUGGUGUUGUGAGGUUUUCACGCAGCAGAGAGACUGCUAUUCUUCUGAAGCUGCUUCUGCUUGUAAAUAUUAAACCAGUUAUUACUGUAGUUCCUUAUUUUAACAGGAGGUUGUAAAAUUAAAAUAGAACCCCCCCCCCCCCCCCCCCCCCCAUCGCAUAGCAAUUUUGAGCCAUUCCAGGUGUUUUCGAUGAACAUCACAGCACCAGGAAGGGCUCAUACUCUUGUGCUGGGGGAGUUUUAUUACUGUCCUCAAAGCAGGCAAUCCCAUCUUGUCCUGUAAGCACAGACCUUCCAUCUCCAGUAGUGUUCAGCUUUGCAGUAGAUAUUAAAACCUUUGGCGGAAUUUAAGAAAAUAAUGCUGUGGUGGUAGGCUGUGAGCACCAAGUGUGUUUUUGAACACGUGUGUGGGGAGUUUUGAUGGCUUAACACCCUUGCAAGUGGGAACAUACUGAUCAGUUAUGAUUUUUUUUUUUCUCCAUCAAAUUAAAAUUAGAGAAGGGUGGGAUAGAUCAAACACCUUUUUUUUUUUUUAUCUUCAGAUGAUUGGCAGGUAGUAUUAAUUUGCACUGUGGAUUGCCACAGAUUUUUUUAGUAGGUAGAGUUAUUGCACAAAAACUGCUACGUUGUUAAAAUGUCUGUGGCACCUGUCGACGUUUUCUUAAAUAGUGAAAAUACUAAUGUGGGUAUGGAAUAAAAAUAAAAAAAAAGCAUUAGGUAAAUCAAAUCUUCUCUUCAGUGUAACUUGACGGUGCCUCGGUUAUGUUUUGUAACAUUCUAAUGCCAAUAUAAAGAGGUAGUGACUUUGUCGGCCGUGCUUUGUAUACCAGAGUUUGCACCCACUCUUCUCUCAAUGUAAUGGUAGAAUUUGCUGAGUGUGUGUAUGUGGCUGAGAAGCUGCAUUCAAAAUGCUGUGUUCGCUGCAACCUGGAGAACAGCCUAUGAGUAAUGAGUUAAAUACAAUCACUUUUUUUUUUUUUUAAUGUUCAGUGUCGCUCUAUGGUAAGAACGAAAACGGUUGAUGGUUUUUGUUGAGCAUUUGAGUAUUUAAGAAUUUGGUCGCUCCAUGGUGCGGUUAGUUUGAAAAGUGAGACACGUUCUCGAAACCCCAAGACCAGAGAAGUGUGAGGUAGACUGAACUGUCUGACAGAGAAAAAUAUCUGUAACCUAAUGAAUUGUUAUAACAAUGAUGACAACUUGAUGUUCUGACUUAGCCCUUGUUUCUGUUUGAUGAUCUAGGCUCAUUACAAUCCUGUAUAUAAUGCUGCUUCUCCUGUGUAAAGCCUUAGUUGGAUGAGGUGACUAUCUUUUUAAGGAUUAACUUGUAAUACCUGGUGUGCUGUUAAGAAAUUCAAGAAAGGAGUGUAAGGGAUCAUCUCAAAAGUUAACGCAACUGGCCUAGUAACCUCCUAUGUACCCAGUUCCUUUAUGAAAGUGCACUGAAAAAGGACGAAUUUAAUAGUGCUCUCUCCCAUGAGUGUAGUACUAAAUGCCUUCGCCUAAAUUUAAAAUUUUUGCUUUUUAAAUAUUGAUAACAUAUUCAUGAAAAAUACUAUCUACACAGUAUUCUGAUUUAGUAGUGGUGGCGGUCAUGCACCAAAGGAGUGUGGGCAAAGAAGUGGAUAAAAUAAAGAACCAGUGUUGUGUGAUCCUGCCACUCCCAGCAGCUGUGCUGUGUACGAGGUCAAAGUAUAAUAUCCAGUUUGAUAGUCUUUAAAAAAAAAAAAAAAAAAAAAAAAAAAAAAGGCUUUUAACAGCCGUGCCAGAAAAGCAUUUUUAGAUUUUGUGUUGCAAGUAUCAGUACGUUGCUUGAAUUCAGAAGGGCUGGUUGAUGACAUUUUGAGAUGGUCCCUUAGCGUCAAGAUUGUUCUACCCUGUCCACACCCCUGGGUCGGUUUCAUAUUCUGCUUGAGAGAGUGCCUGUCACUGGAAAGCGUCUCAUUAAUGUUUGUUUUCUAUUGGAGAUUAUGGAAUUAGCAAGUACGUGCUUGAGGAGAAACUGAAGAUUGUAAUAUAAAUGUGCCAACAAAUAAAAACACCAGUAUUUCACAAAA